AACUCAGACAUAUUGACUGCUUUUUUGUGUGUGGUUUUUUUGGUGGCAUUUUAUUUACAAUAACGAUGUUACGGAGAGGGCAGGCGAUGCUGCCUUUCUUCUUAUUGGCCUGGGUCUUGAGGCUCACACAAGCUCUUGCUUCAGCUCAUGAUCGCCUGCAGGAUGAAGCGGCUGCAAAUUCCAUGUCAGGGACAGGAAACUUGGAUCGUGGAGGGAACUUGAGCUUGCCUGCUGAUUUAGCCAUUCCUUAUGCUGAGGAUGUUUUUUCUAAACCAGAUAACUUUUCACCAAAUGGAAAAAGUGAACUUUUUGAGGUUGCUGGGUAUUCUGCAGAUCAACAGAGGCAGUCUCUUGAUCAUGUGUUUUCUGAGUCUGAUGCUGCAAACCAUGGACUUUUUGAUUUCAGCCAGCAUUCUAGGUAUGAUGAGGAUGCACUUGAACAGCCUGUCUCUUCCAAUCUGUAUAGUGAUCACUUCAAUUCUGAUUUGACCAAGAACUCUGUCCCUUUUGUUGCUGAUGAGUACCAUAUGGCUUCAGAAUCUGAAGGCGAUGUGGAACAUGUACUCUUUACUGAUCAGAGUAAUGACCGUGAUGCGGACUUCCCUCAAGUCUUUGCAUAUGCUGAUUUGGCUACUUCCGAUAAAGAAAAUGUGUCUAAUAUUGCUACCCUUCUAGAAGAUAAUGAUUCUGUUAUUAAUCUUGCCGCAGACGUGGGUAUAGGUGAACUUGGCAAAGAGUUUGAUUCUUCUGACAACUAUAAAUCUGGUACCUAUUCUGAAACCCUAGGCUAUGAGUCUGUUGCCUUUGCAGAUCUUGAAAAGAAAGGCACUGAUACUUUGCGUCCUGAUGUGCAUUCCUAUCAUCGUGAGGACCUAGUUACUGGUGACCUUGCUGGAAUGCCCGUUUCUUCUUUUGACCGCUCUGUACUUACCGAUAUAAAUCUGGAGUUGCAUAAAGCUCUUUCUCCAGCUUUUAAAAUUGCCAGUGCACGCAACUCUCCUGUUCUCUCUGAAGGUGACGGGUUGCCAAGCAGCAUCUAUGAUGCCUCUGUAGGGCUCUAUGGUGUAUUUAAUCUACCUAUUACCCCAGAAAACCCUCCUCCCCAUAGCACAGGAGAGCCAUCCACCCUGGCUUCCGCAACUACAUGCGGUGUUGCAGACAUGACCAUCAAAUUGUUUGGUGGAAGGUUGACGGACCUUAAAGUGCAAGCCGACUUCAUAUUUGUUGAAGUAAGCAAGAUUCCGCAGAGGUGCAGGUACAAGGUGUUGGAGAGAAAUGGAGUGGUCCACUUUACAACUGCCUUCAAAGGUUGCAAUGUGAAGGCACUGGGUGGGCAAUAUGUCCUGACCCUGAUGUGGCGGAACCACUAUGUGCAUAUGUCCUGUCCAAUUUCUACACCUGAUGGACCUAUUACAAUCUGUGGUAAGAGUAGCAUGACCAUCAAACUCCCAGCAGGACCAAUAGAAGCGCUUCGUGUAAAAAAUAAAUUCAACAAAUGGGUAUCCAUUUAUGAAGUUGCUGUUAAAUGCAAAUAUCAACUGUUGAGUGAUUCAGAGGGAAGGAUCACUUUCACUACUUCCUACAAUGGAUGUCACGUGAGGAGAUUGAUGGAUCGUUAUUUCUAUAACCUCUACUAUCAAAUGGCUCCAGGGAAGCUAGGACAGGCACUCGUGUCUUGUAGGACCGGAAUUAAUGUUACAGUCCCACCUGAAGAGUCUUUGCCUUCUGUGUUUUGUGGCAAGUCUGGCAUGAUGAUCAAAUUGCCUAAAGGAAGUCUUAAUGCAGUCAAAGUGAGAGAUGGUUUUGACAAGGCAAUACCUGUCGGUAGUAUUGCCGAGCAAUGCAAUUAUCAACUCUUUCAAAUGAAGACUGGACACAUCAUCUUGAUUGCUUCCUUCCAAAGCUGUCAAGUUGCAUUUGUGGAUGGUUGCUUUGCCUUGAGCCUCCAAUUCCAGCAUGCUGAUGGUGUAAUGGGAGAGGCGUCUGUGCUUUGCCAUGCGGGUGGGAAGCCAAAACCAACUUCCCAACCCGAGACUCCUACAACUCAAGAAGUAACUUCCAGUAUACUGUCUACAGUAAUUCCUGCAGAUGUGUCUGCUACCAUCUGCAACAAGGAUGGCAUGACAGUAGUGCUACCCAAUGGUCCUUGGUGGGGGAUUAGAGUGAAAGAUCUUUCUGGCAAAGAGAUCACUGUGACUAGUGCUUUGGCAGAACGAUGCCAUUACAAUCUCUCUCUGCAUCUGGAGAAAAUAAUCUUUACAACUACCUACACUGGCUGUUUUGUUGAGGAAGUGGCAAGUCGGUAUGUCCUGACUGUCCUGUACAGGACAGCUACUUGGAAUCGAGGGUCUGUGCGGCUGGAAUGCCCAACCAGUGCUGGAAGCCCUACAGAAUUGCCUCCUCUUCCAGCCACUGUGGGGAAACCCAUUCCUGUCUGCAGGUCCUCUAACAUGACUGUGGUGCUGCCGGCAGGAUCUCUAGAAAAAGUCUUUGUACUAGAUGAAUUCAAGAGGCCAGUAAAAGUCAUUGAUGCGCCCAAGUCAUGCAAUUACAGCUUGGUGGAGAGACGAGGACGGAUCCUCUUCACAGCUCCCUACAGUGCCUGUGAUGUCAAGAUCUUGAAUGGAAACUAUGUCCUGACCAUUAUGUCUACAAGUUAUUCUGGAGGCUUUGCAUCAGUGCAGGUAGAAUGCCCUACCACUGGAGAACCAACAAAACCCCCUCCCUCUACAAAACCCAUUCCUCCAACUCCUGUCUGUGGAGCUUCCAGCAUGAUGGUGGCGCUGCCUGAGGGACCUCUGGAACAAGUCAAGAUAAUGAAUGACUCUAAUGGGCUAUGGGUAGCUGUAAAGGAUGUCCCAAAGAACUGCAACUACACACUGAUGAAGGAAAGAGGAAGAAACCUCUUCAUAACCUCCUACAAGGCCUGUCAUGUCAGGAUACUGAAUAAAAACUAUGUCUUGACUAUAAUCUACACAACUGCAACUGGGAUAAGAGGGAUGGUGCAAAUGACUUGUCCAGCAGUAGAGACAACAACCCAUACUACUAGGACUACAACUAUUAGGAAGCCAGGGACUACUGGGAAACCUACAAAACCAACUCUCCCUCCCACUCCUGUCUGCAAAGCCUCCAGCAUGACUGUAGCCCUGCCCUCUGGGUCACUACAAGUUUUGUUAUUGAAUCUGUCCAACGAAUGGGUAGAUAUCGGUGCUGCUCCCAGUUACUGCAACUACAGUUUGGUGCAGGGAAGAGGCGGCAGAAACUUCUUUACAGCCCCCUACAGGGCUUGUGAUGUCCAGAUACAGAAUGGGAACUACAUGUUGACCUUGCUUUACAUAACUGCUGAUGAUGAACGAGGGUACUUGGACAUUAGAUGUCCCACCACUGGUGGGGAGCCAACAGAGACUACUAGAACCUCUGGUGUGGAGCUGACUGGAACCACUGGUGGGGAGCCAACAGAGACUACUAGAACCUCUGGUGUGGAGCUGACUGGAACCACUGGUGGGGAGCCAACAGAGACUACUAGAACCUCUGGUGUGGAGCUGACUGGAACCACUGGUGGGGAGCCAACAGAGACUACUAGCCCCUCUGGUGGGGAACUGACCGGAACCACUGGUGGAGAAAUUACAACUAUUUGGAAACCUACAAUGCCAACUCUCCCUGACACUGCUCUCUGCAGAGCCUCCAGCAUGACUGUAGAACUGCCCUCUGAGUUGCUUCAAGUUCUAGUAUUGAGUCCAUCCAAUGAAUGGGUAGAUAUCGGUGAUGCUCCCAGUUACUGCAACUACAGUUUGGUGCAGGGAAGAGGCGGCAGGAACUUCUUUACAGCCCCCUACGGGGCUUGUGAUGUCCGGAUACAGGAUGGAAGCUACAUCUUAACAUUACUCUACAUUACCACUGCUAAGGGAGGCUACGUGCACAUGACUUGUCCAAUAAAAACCACUACUAGGGAGCCAACCAAGACUACUAGAACCAGUGCUGGGGAACCAACCAAGACUUCUAGAACCAUCACAACUACCAGAACCACAAUUCUACGGGUGACCAGCACCAGCGGGACGACUACCAGAACCACCAUUGGGGAGCCAACGAAGACUACCGGGACAACCAGAGGGAGGACAAGGACCACCAGGACAACCAGCAGGAAGACCACCAGGACAACCAGCGGGAGGACAAGGACAACCAGCACAACCAGCAGGAAGACCACAAGGACAACCAGCGGGAGGACAAGGACAACCAGCGGGAGGACAAGGACAACCAGCACAACCAGCAGGGAGACAACCAUUGGGGAGCCAACCAGCGGGAGGACCAGGACAACCAGCGGGAGGACCAGGACAACCAGCGGGAGGACCAGAACAACCAGCGGGAAGACAACCAGAACCACCAUUGGGGAGCUGACCAAAACCACCACUGGUGGAGAAAUGACAACUAUUUGGAAACCUACAAUGCCAACUCUCCCUCACACUGCUCUCUGCAGAGCCUCCAGCAUGACUGUAGAACUGCCCUCGGAGUUGCUUCAAGUUCUAGUAUUGAGUCUGUCCAAUGAAUGGGUAGAUAUCGGUGAUGCUCCCAGUUACUGCAAAUACAGUUUAGUGCAGGGAAGAGGCGGCAGGAACUUCUUUACAGCCCCCUACAGAGCUUGUGACGUCCGGAUACAGGUAGGAAUAUU